AUUAUGCUUCGACCCCCUUAUUCCCUUAUUCAUAUCAUCCUCAUCCCUUUCCCACCAACCAUUCUCCCCUUCCAGCCGCUGUCGUCGGCCUCUUUUUCAAUCUUUCUCGCUCUUCUCAUCCAGAGUACAUUUUCUGGCUAGUCCAAAGAUUUCCACAGAGAGGGAGGGGAGAGAUGAAGGGUUUGAUCUGUUUAUCUUUUCUAUUUCUUCUUCUUCUUCUAUCUCCUUUCUCUUUGGCGACCCUUCGCUUUCCUCCGAAUGCGAGGCUCCCGUCGAUUCAGGCCGGGGAGAUGAUCAGGGAGCUCAAUUUGUUCCCCAAAGAAGACAUCAACGUCGUCGAUCGCUAUGCUUCUGAGCCGGCCGGCCCCGGGAUCGUCGAGAAGCGCUUCAGGUUCCCCAAUCUGGCCGACCCCAGCGUCACAGUCGACGACCUUGGUCACCAUGCCGGGUACUACAAGAUUGAGCACUCUCAUGCUGCCAGGAUGUUUUACUUCUUCUUUGAAUCACGCAACAGUAAGAAGGACCCUGUUGUCAUCUGGUUGACUGGAGGGCCAGGUUGCAGCAGUGAGUUGGCCAUGUUCUAUGAAAAUGGGCCUUUUACCAUAGCAAAAAACUUGUCUCUUGUAUGGAAUGAGUAUGGUUGGGACAAGGUAUCAAAUCUUCUAUAUGUAGAUCAACCCACUGGGACUGGUUUCAGUUAUAGCUCUGAUAGGCGUGACAUUCGACAUGAUGAAAAGGGGGUCAGUAAUGACCUGUAUGACUUUCUCCAGGCUUUCUUUGCGGAGCAUCCUGAAUUUGCAAAGAAUGACUUUUAUAUAACUGGAGAAUCCUAUGCUGGGCACUAUAUUCCUGCUUUUGCUGCUCGGGUCCACCAAGGAAAUAAAGCUAAAGAGGGGAUUCACAUAAACCUGAAGGGAUUUGCCAUUGGUAAUGGGCUUACUGAUCCUGGGAUUCAGUAUCAAGCAUACGCAGAUUAUGCAUUGGAGAUGGGAAUUAUUAAGAAAUCUCAGCAUGAUCGCAUCAACAGAUUGCUGCUUCCCAUCUGUGAAGUAGCAAUAAAGCUUUGUGGGACGGACGGUACAGUUUCUUGUUUCGCUUCUUACUUUGCCUGCAAUGUUGUAUUCAGUAGUAUCUUGGCCAUUGUUGGUGAUGUUAAUUACUAUGACAUCAGAAAGAAGUGUGAAGGCAGCCUAUGUUAUGAUUUCUCAGACAUGGAGAAAUUUCUGAACCAGAAAACUGUCAGGGAUGCUCUUGGAGUUGGGGACAUAGAAUUUGUUUCCUGCAGCCCGUCUGUCUACCAGGCCAUGCUUGUGGACUGGAUGAGGAACCUUGAAGUUGGCAUUCCAGAUCUUCUCGAGGACGGAAUUCAGUUGCUUGUGUAUGCUGGAGAAUAUGAUCUUAUCUGCAAUUGGCUUGGCAAUUCAAGAUGGGUUCAUGCCAUGAAAUGGACUGGUCAGAAAGAGUUUGUGGCAUCUCCAGAAGUUCCUUUUGCAGUCGAUAGUUCUGAAGCGGGAAUAUUGAAGAGCUACGGGUCUCUCAGUUUCCUCAAGGUCCACGAUGCUGGUCACAUGGUUCCCAUGGAUCAGCCUAAGGCUGCGCUUGAGAUGCUAAAGAGGUGGACCCAGGGCUCGCUUACAGGUGCCACAGCUGCAUCAGAAGGCUUGGUGUCUUCAGUGUAGUAGGUCGUCCCUAAGUUGGCUUCUCGACAUCUGAAUGCAUUUGUAAAUAAAUGCAAACAAGAGCUAGAUAUAAUCUAUCUUCAUCUUCAACAAAUGGAUCCCCGCCCCGCAUGUUAACGUUGUCUUGCUAAAUCUUUUUGGAACAUGAAUGAAGAAUGAUUAAGCAAGAGAGACGAUGCAUAUUGGUUUGGUACACCUACCCUGAUGAGAUAUUGUUUGAAUUGUUAGUCGUGCACCAAGGUAGUAGGAUUCAUAUUGGAGUACAGUAACUUGAAUUGAAUGGCUUUUGGGUUUGCUGGGUCAUUUCAUGGCUCUUGCUCAUGCUGCAAUUAAUGUUUGAUUUUAUA